CGCGCGACGGGCCGAACGGCCGAACGCCAGAAGCGGGAGGUUGCUUAGCAGAGGCAGGCAGGCACGCGCGCGUGUAUGUGUGUUUGUGCGCGCGCAGGCAACCGUCUCUUCGCGCUCGCGCUCGCUCCGGCUUUUUUUUCCCCCCCCCUUUCUUUUCUCCCCCGCUCCCCCCGCAGGGGACGGAGGGAGGCGGGAAAGGUCUCACCGGGGAAGGCUCGUCGCUGGAGGGCCUCCCCCCUCGCCAAACCUCCAAAUCUGGGGGCCGCAGGCGGAGGGAAGAAAGCCGAGGGGCUUCGGCUGUCCCGCCUUCCGAGAGGCCUUUUUUGAGGGGCGCUUCUUGUGGAAAAGAGAGCAUGGGGAGGAGGUGCUGGGGACGACGACGGGGGGACGACGGCAGGCUCGCGUUUCGUAUCUGUGGGGUUUUAUGAGGAGUAGGGUGUGUGUCUGUGGGGAGAAGAAGGUAGAUGAACUUUACCUAGAGGGUGUGGGAGUGAGGUGUGUGUUUGUGUGAGGAAGGAGUCCUGCCGCCUGCCCGGAAAAGCAGCUCAGAGGGUCAGUUUUCUCGGAGACAGCCACCCCCCCCCAUUUCUUCCGAAGUAAAAAAAAAAAAAAGGCCACCUCUUGGUUUUCCCAUCCUAAUUUUCGGGGAGAAAAAAAAAAGAUUGGAAGAUUGGAUUGGUUUCGAUAUUCUGGACUGGAGUGGCUCCCCCGUAAGUUCCUGCAAUUAAAAAGAACUCUGUGGAAGAAAGGCUUUUUUUUUUUUUUUGAAUGGGCAAGGAAGGUGACAUGGAUUCAUUUAAAAAGAAAUAAUCUUUUUUUCCUGAGCCUUCCCUGUGGGAAAAAGCAGUCAGCCUUCCUCUUUUCCCGUGAAGGGAUUAGGCAAAAAAAAACAUCAAAAAAACAAACAAACCAAAACCUCGGGAUGGGGAAUUGAAUGAAGGAGGAUUUUUUUUCUCUCCUCCGAUUUGAGGGACCCACCCCCUCCUACUUGGACGUGGAAAACGGGAAAGGAGACAGACCUUCAGGACACCUUCCAAAAUGCUGCCUCUUAAGGCUUAGUCUGCAAAAAAAAAAAGAGAGAGAGAGAGAGACUGACUCCCAACUCCUGUUCUUUUGCAGCAGAGAAGUGAUUUCAGGUGCUCUGUUCCAUAGGGAGGAAAUAGGAUUUUUUUCUUCGUCUUCUUCAUUGCCGACAGGUUCUUUCCUAGGUGGCAUCCGGGAUAUAAAAAAUGUACUAGAGGCCUAACCUUUGGAAUAAAAUCUGACAUAGCGCUUCAGAAGGGGUUGACACCCUUGCACAUCUUCUGAUUGCUUCCUUGUGUCCUGGCUGCUGCUUUUCAUGUCUUCCGAGAUGUCAGAGCUCAGGAGGCGAGGAGCUGCUGGAGAUCAUGAAAGAGAAAGUGCGGGUGACAAGGAUAUAGAUGAAGAUGAAAAAUUUGGUGAACUGGACCUCAGAAAUGAUUCAGAAGUUCCUGAAGUUGUCCCAGCAACAGACAGCACUCCAGAAAUUUUUAAAAAGGCUCUUUCUGGCUUAUCUUCCAGAUGGAAGAACUGGUGGAUUCGUGGAAUUUUAACUUUAGCAAUGAUUUCAGGUUUCUCCCUCAUUAUAUACAUGGGAUCAUUUAUGCUGAUGCUGCUUGUCUUAACGAUUCAAGUCAAGUGCUUUCAUGAAAUCAUCACUAUAGGUUACAGAGUAUAUCGAUCUUACGACCUACCAUGGUUUAGAACAUUAAGCUGGUACUUCUUGUUAUGUGUGAACUAUUUCUUUUAUGGUGAGACUGUAGCAGAUUACUUUGCUACUUUUGUUCAGAGACGAGAACAACUUCAAUUCCUAAUUCGCUACCACCGAUUUAUAUCUUUUACACUUUAUCUGGCAGGAUUUUGUAUGUUUGUAUUGAGUUUGGUGAAGAGACAUUAUCGCUUACAGUUUUAUAUGUUCGCAUGGACUCAUGUCACUUUGCUGAUCACUGUAACUCAGUCUCAUCUUGUCAUCCAAAAUCUGUUUGAAGGCAUGAUCUGGUUUCUUGUUCCAAGCUUAAGUGUGAUUUGCAACGAUAUUGCUGCUUAUAUAUGUGGAUUCUUCUUUGGCAGAACACCAUUAAUUAAGCUCUCUCCCAAAAAGACCUGGGAAGGCUUCAUUGGUGGCUUCUUUAUCACAGUUAUAUUUGGAUUUAUUGUUGCUCAUCUUUUGGCACAGCACCAGUACUUUGUAUGUCCUGUGGAAUACAACAGUGAAACUAACAGGUUUGUCACAGAAUGUGAACCAUCAGAACUUUUCCAGCUAAAGAAGUACUCCUUACCACCAUUGCUUCAAGUUGUUCUGAGAAAGGAAACUGUGACAUUGUACCCAUUCCAGAUGCACAGCUUUGCAUUGUCAACAUUUGCCUCUUUAAUUGGUCCAUUUGGAGGGUUUUUUGCUAGUGGGUUCAAAAGAGCUUUCAAAAUCAAGGAUUUUGCUGAUACUAUUCCUGGCCAUGGUGGAAUAAUGGAUCGUUUUGAUUGUCAAUACUUGAUGGCUACUUUUGUACAUGUCUAUAUUACCAGUUUCAUAAGGGGCCCGAAUCCCAGCAAAUUGCUGAAACAACUGUUGGUACUCCAGCCAGAGGAGCAAUUAAACAUUUAUAAAACUUUGAAAUCGCACCUCAUCGAGAAAGGAUUCCUCCAACCAUCACUGAGAGGCUAGGAGGACGGAAUGAUGGACUACAAAGUGAAGCCCAGCCGGGAAUGCAAUUCUGCUUCGGAGGAGAGAGGUGUGUGGGAAUCAAGCCAGCCUGUGUCCAAAGAUAUGACUGUUUACGGAGAAUACUGUGAACACCCAGGAUGCCAUGCAAGAUUUUAAGUUUUUUUUUUAACAACUGCAUGUUUUUGCAAUAAUUUAUAUUCCUGAAUUAAUGGAAUGAGACUUCUUGCUUUGGUCUUAACUGUUCUGUUCUGAGCAAUGAUGCACAUACUCCUAGUAAAUAAAAGUUAAAGAAACAAUUAGGGUGUGCAGUUUAUAAAAAAAAAAGCCUUUCAUUUAGUGCAAUGAUAUUAAUAUUAAUGACACCAGUUCAGUGAAUGGUAUUCUGUAGGACAGUGUUGGUAUCUCAGUUAUAGAACUUAAGUAACAACCAAAUGGCAAUAGAAGCUGUUUUGCCAUCCCCCCCCCCCCAAGAGCAGGGAAAUUGGCAAAUUUGUAUUUUUUUUUUUAAGUUUCUCAGGUUGACUGUGUUUCUAAUGAAAAAAAACCCAAUAGAUAUGUAUUGGGGAGAGAUGAGUCGAGUGGAAAGAUACAGGCUCUUAGGGUAUCUUCUCUGUGGGACUGGAAGCGAAGAUUGGAUGCCCCUUAACAGAAUCAUAGGGAUCUAGUUACAUGAGGGGUGGCCUGCAUUUUCCCAAGCAAGUUCCAUUCAGAGCUUUUGAGCGGGCGCCAAGAAACGUGCCUCCAAAUGUUCAGAUGUGUUAAGUUUAAUUGUUCUGUGUCUUUUAUGGUAAGUGCAAUAGAAGUGCUCUCUUGGCAAUUUCAGGAAGUACAGAGGCUGGAUUCAGUGUGGUUUUUUGCCUUUGUGGGAGGAUUUGUGUCUCCACCAUCCUAACCGGGAAGAUCUUGGCCAAUCACAUUGGAGUCUUCAAGCCCGCCUCACCUGCUCUGUCUGAAGAGCAAAGCUGAGAUAUGCUCAAUAUUAUUCAGACUUUUCUUGAGUCUUGCAUAAACUGUCACAUUUUAAAGAGUUUCUUCGUUUCUUCACAUCUUCUGCACGAUUUCUCUUAUCAUGUUAUAAGCCCAACACCUUAUUUUUAAAUUCAAAUAACAGUAAGUGGAAAGCCAAAAACCAUGGUAAGAAUGUGACUGACUAAAUGGGAUUUAAGGCAUUAAACGGUUGCAGUCUUUGCAGACUUCCUUUGCUAUGCAAAUGAAGGGAGCAACACAAAAGCUCAGUUCAUUUAAUUGGAUUGGGCAAGAUAACUUCUAAGGGAUUGUUCCCUACAAAUUUAAUUUGAAUGUUAAUUUUCUUUGCAGUGAGCAUUCAAGACUUCUUAUUUUUGUAGGGUUUUAAGGCUUAACCCCUGUUUUUGUCCUUUUUUGCUUACCUUUUUAAAGCAGUUUUGUGGAAUCCCCUAUCCAUCUUUGACUUCCAAAAUAAUGAAGCCUGUAUGUUUGAUUUUCAGCAAUAGUAAGAUUACUCUGGACAAGGCAGAAAUCCAGUAGAUUCAGACUAACGUUACCAACUGAAACUGCUGCAAAUGAGGAAUAUUGCCAAUAUUUAAACACUGGAGAGUCCUUGCAACAUUUCUUUAGUAACAGGGAAGCAGCAGUAGUGUUUGUCCUGCCUGUAUUGCUCCAUUAUUAGCAAAAGCUGGUUAUAAUACAGGACUAACUGAAGUUUUUCCCUUCAGCCAUUGUCUUUGACCCUCCUAGUACUUGCAGCAGCUGUGAUUCUUUUGGCUAACACAAAGAGGCCCUGAGGCUGGGUUCAGAAUCUUUGCUUGAACAUCCAACGACACAUUUGCCAUAUUGAGAAAUCUGUAUGGAACUGGGGUUCUCUGAAUAUGUCCACUGUUCAGUCCACUUCCAUCCACUCUUUUUCUUUUCAAUUGUGAGGGUUGUAAGAUCAGGCACCAGACAUCUUCAGUGGUGUAGAAGAGCCACCAUUGUAGUCAGGCUAUUCUUUUGGUCAGGCAGUGCCAGAGGUAGAUCACAAGAUCUGCUGAGACUACCUAACACCUUUGGGAUGAGUCUACCCAGCUAUUCGUACCUGAAACCUGCGUGGUAGGUGCCAUUUCUUCAGGUUGGGUAAAAUACUUGUUUGGCAGGGAUCGUACAGAAUGAAUCCUAUGGCUUGGCAUUCCAUGUCCUUUUAUGUUCAGCAAGGUUGGGUGAAAGAAGGAUUUUCAAUGGGACUCCUGCGUCGAAAAAACCUUAGAUUUCUAAAGCAGGGGUCUCCAACCUUGGCAACGCUUUGCUGGAUGGAGAAUUCUGGGAGUUGAAGUCCGCCAGGCUUAAAGUUGCCAAGGUUGGAGACCUCUGUUCUAAAGUGAUACUGCUGACAAGUAGGAUAGAGCCCAACGGACAUGGCCGUUUAAGGAGGCAAAACAGGGCAAAAAAGACCAUACCUAACAAGAGAUGCUGGCAUCCGGUUAAAGGUUAGCAGGAAUAUUUGCACUGAACACGCUAGUCAUUGUAUGUCUGUAAAAAAUAAGACUUAAAAAGUUUUCUUUAGAAAACAUGCUACUUAUUCCAUCUUGAUGGUGAAUCAUAAAAAUAUGUAAAGUUCAGUUUUAAUAUAACAUUGUAAUUUUGGGGGUUAUGUUUGUGUAAUUUUUAAAUAUUUUUUUAAUUUAAAUUGGUUUGUAUUUAAGCAGCUGAAUGCAAAUGAAUUAAAGCAGUCAGCUUUGUUUGCACUAAUAAGAGACACCACUAUAUAAUGCUGCUAUUCCUUCAGCUGAAAAAGCCUUUUUGAUAAUGUUAGUUGCGUUCCAGCAUCGUCAUCUAUUUAGGUUAUCUUUUAAAUAAAACACUUUUUGGUGACAAUGUAAAAAUAACCUAAUAAACUGCUGCAAACUAUUCCAAAAGGUGUUUAUAUAUGUACUCACACAUAUAUAAGAAGCAGUGCCAAUAAGCCGUUCACAAAAAAUAAGAGUUUUGCUUUUAUAGGUUUAGUGAAAUCACCUAGAAAACUAAAUGUUGGAAUCGUAUUGGCUGAGUUAGAAUGUGUACUGGCUGUCAUUUUAAGAAUAUAACUCGGCUUUAGGUUCUUCUCUCCGUUGUCCGCAAUUAGAAGUUUUCCAAAAUCUCUAUUCUAACAGUGUGAUCCAAAGGAAACUCUUCGCUUAUAUCUGCCUUUUAAUUUGCACUUUUCAGUAAAACACCUCCACUUGCUUAGCAAAAUUGUGCAUACUGUAAAUGUUUGAGCAUUGAGAUGUGUUUUGACUAUUUUGUAGAACUGAGCUGGAGAUAAUAAAGCUCUGCUGAAAAAAACCCCAGCA